CACUGGACGAAGUGAAUGGGUCAUAUGGGCUUGUCCAAGUUCCGACCCAGGAAAGUCCCCGGGCCACUUAUCCGCAGAGAUGCGGCCUCGGUAACGAGAGAAUCUUGCGGUGGAGAGAUUCAAAUUGCUGAGACGCGUGUGUGGAGCUUAUGUGGUCUCUCCGCCGAUGAUAUCAUGGCCGUUCGACAGUUAUUCACCUCUUCCUCUAUGGACUAACUGAACGGGGCUUACGUUUCAAUGACAAGCAACUUUUUCUUUCGUCGAGAGAAUUUUGUCAAAAUUAAAGUCAACAGCUAUCAUCAAAACACGUGAUUCACGCGAAUUGAAACGUGACAAUAACAAAAGUGAAAAACAUAAGUGAGAAGUACUUUUAUAGAUAGAUCAACAAGUCUUGUAAG